AUGCACCCAGGUCGCCUUCUUCCGCACCAGCAAGCGGAAGAGGGUGUUGGUCAGCGGGGGGCGGUGUUCAGCGCGGGUUUGCAGGAGAAGACGGCCAUCGUCGUUCCAGCCGGCGAUUCCGUGAGGAUCAAGCCCUCUUCUCCAGGCAGCGCAUUCUGUCCGACGUGAGCACUGAAAUCACUAAAGGCAGUCAACUUAUUCGCCUUCGGCGUUGACGCUGGGAGGGUGUGCAGGCCCUUCUAGAACCUGAUCUUCGCCUCGUUUGAGUCAGCGCUGAGGAUGGUGGCGAAGUUGGAUCCCCGGAGAGGCAGACGCAAGCUCAUCAGUCGGUCAUCGAUGUCCUGCGGCAUUCGUCCUACGAUGCCGUUCCGGAUGGCAAGAGAGACGCUCGCGUCCCGUCGCUCUGUUUAAGGGCGACCGCUCCAGAGGAAAGCAUAGUCAGGGCCCAUAUCCUCCAGUUGGCCUUCUUCGGAGAACCGCGUCUCACUCAGUGUGGCGAUGUCCCCUUUGGAGCUCACCAAUUUCUGAGUGACUAA